GGCUAGAGCAAUUAAAGGAUGAAGCUUUUUGAAUCAAAGGUUCCCUGGUUCUUUCUGGUUUUGUAUUGCGUCACAAUUUUGGGGGCAAAAGGCCAAAGUACACCUUGCACAAGCACUUUCUUCUCUGCCCUAGUGCAGCUCUUACCUUGCAGGACAGCAGUUGCUCCUUUCAGCCCCAUCCCACCUUCCGAUGACUGCUGUAAUGCCGUCAUGGCAUUAGGUCAACCGUGUUUGUGUUUUCUUGUGAAUGGCCCUCCGAUAUCUGGUGUAGACCGGAACAUGGCUUUGCAGCUUCCAGAGAAGUGCGCUGCAAACUUCGAGCCAUGUGAUAUCAUGAAGUGAAGAGGCUAGAGACUAGAGCAGAUAUGCAUUUUUAGACUCGAGUAUUUUUAUUAGGCGCCACUUUUGUAGUGCUUCUCACAAUAAGGUUGCAUGGGAUUAUGUGAUGAAUGAAAAUUAGGUUGAGUUCAAUCCAUGUUGCUGUAUGGUUACAUAGAGCAUCAUGUGAAAACAUAAGCCCUUAUCCAUCAUGCAUGUUCUUUCACUAUGAUCAUUCUAAUAUAUAUAUCUCUUACUCCACUA